GUCUGAGCCGCGGGCCAAGGGCGGCGGCGGCAAGGGCAAGAGCAAAGGAGUUGGCAAGGCAGGCAAGACCAACGCGAGCGGAGCCAACCCCCUGGACUACGUCCGCUGUGCGAACUGCUCGUACAAGUGGAACUUGAAGGCCAGGGUGGAGUGCUACAACUGCAAGAAGCCGCUCAAGCCUGCCGCAGUGGACGAGCCUCCGCAGCUACGGGCAUCGGCGUGGUCAUUCGUGCGCGAGCCGUGGGUGCGGCACUCUGACGACUGGUUCGGGUACGAGGCACCGCCACCGCAGCCCGCCCCGCCGUCGGAUGCAGAGUGCCUCGCGGCGUUGGCGGCCAGGCAUCCCGAGCACGGCCAGCAGCUCGAGGCCAUCAAGAUGGCAGUCGCACCACCGCCCGUUGCGGCCACGGUGUUGCCAGAUGUGGCCCUCAACCGCGCCCGGGCCAAGCAGCGGCGGGCUCAAGCCGCCUUCCUCUCCAAGUCCCAGCAGGUCCACGACGCCGAGCAGUGGCUCCAGGCCUGCCGCGAGGAGGAGGUGCGUGCUGGUGAGCUCGUCCUGGCGUGCAACGUGGAGGUGGAGGAGGCCUACAAGGCAGCAGCGCCCAAGGGCGUCCAGGUGCAGGCGCAGGAGGCGCAGGAGCCUGGCGCCAAGACUCAGCCUGCCGUGGGCCUCAACGUCACGGCGCUUUUGGCGGAAGACUUCCAGGUCGAGGCAGGCGACGCCUUCAGGCUGGACGACCCCGACCUGGACAUCACCGACGCGGAGCGCGAGGAGUUCAACAAGUCCCUGGAAGGCUUCGUCGAGCAGGUCAAGCAGCUCGUGCGCACCACCUUCGGGGAGGCCAAGACGCAGCUGGAGCAGAGGCGCAGCGAGAUCGACGCCAAGCACCAGCAGCUGCUGGCCAGGCGCCAGCCGCAGGCCCUGCGGCAGCAGGCCCUGCGGAGGCCCCAGCGGCCGCCGCGGCCCCAGCCCAGGCCCCCACCCCUGGGCAGCCUGAGGCCCCUGCUCGGCCUCCUGUUGCUCACCCUCCAGGGCCACCCAGCCUCCGCGGCCCCGAUGGCGCAGCCAAGUUGGCUCAGCUCAGGCGGGACUUGGAAGCAGCAGCCGCCGUUCCAGCUGGGGACGCAGAUGCGUAAGGCCCAGUCCUGGGGACCUGAUGCGCCGCCAGAGGCCAAGCCACGAGAGCCCAGACUCGUCCGCCUGGGCAGGCGGGAGCGGGCCAUCCUGGCCACGCGUAUGCGCCGCAUGGCUCGGCACUGGCGCCCUACCCCGUCGCUGGGGACCACGGCUCAGGACCGCAGGCGCUGGGACUCCUACUGCGUGCCGUACAUCUUCCACCAGCUGGGCUCUGGGGAGUACACAGCCAUGCUGGACGACCUGGCAGCCACCACGGGCAGCGGAUCCCGAAUUGCCGAGCGCAUGAGGAUUGCACGGGAGUUGGGUGACGAAGCUUGGAACCGUGGAGGGGAUGCCAGGCGCCUCCAGCGGCAGUGGUUGGAGCAUCUGCAAGUGGCUAAUCAGGAUGCUUUCGAGCGUGAGGCGGCUCAGCAGGACCGCACCCAGUCAGCCGCGGAGCGGUGGUUCGACCGCCAGUCCCAGGCGACGUCGGGAACGCAGGCCCCCACCGUCUAUUUCGACGACCGCAUCCACUGCUGGAGGUUGUGCGCCGCGAAGGUGCUGGAGGCCGACCUCGGCCCAUCCACCUCGACUGGGACCUCGGAGGAGCCGCUGUGUUGCUCUGCCUCGCCCGUUGAAUGCACCGAGCUCACUCCCACCCCAGCCGCGUGCAACCUCACGGACGAGCACCGAGGAGCCCGCAGAGGCAAGCGUCGACAGCGGAGCCACAGGCGCGUCACCUUCCACAGCGUCAAUGCCAGCCCCAGCUGGGGCAACGUUGUGGGCUACCUCCACGGCGCGGCACACCAGCAGCUCACCGAGGGCAAGAUUCCGAUCAUCGGUUUCCAGGAGCACGGCAAGCGGCGUUUAUGGGCCGAAGAGAGCGCACGGGCCCUGGCGCCCUUGGGCUGGAGGGCCCUGCCCACGCCAGCGACGGACGGCCCGAAUGGAGGGGCCUCGGCGGGUGUCUUGCUGGCGAUACCUGCCUGCGUCGGCGUCACUCUUGCAUCUGGACAGCGACACUGGGACAUAUCUCCCCCAGGUUGUGCAGGCAGGCUCCUGAUGGCCACCCUCGAGGCCAAGGGCAUCGGCAAGUUACUGGUUUUCUGUGCGUAUUGCUUCACUGGUCAGAAGUUGGCGUCUGUGGGCAAUUCAGCUCUCCUGUCAGUUAUCACGGGGUGGGCAGUCCAGCUCCAGCUGCCCUGGAUCGUCAUCGCGGACUGGGAGAAUCUACCUGACGCGUUGGAGCGUUCGCCGUGGAACAACCAGCUCAGAGGCCGCGUCGUAGCGUGGCAAGGGGAAGGGGGCACCAACCGCUCCCCGCACGGUGAGCGCGUGAUCGAGUAUUUCUGGAUGCACUCCAGUUUGGCUGCCAAUAUUUCCCCAGCCCGCAUUGACGACGACGCGGUCUACCACCCUCAUAGAGCCACAUGGGUCGAGUUUCAGCAGCCUUGGUCGGCCUUUACCUACACCAAGCUCAUCCGACCCCACAAGUUCCCGACCCCAGGAGUCAAGCCGAGGCACUUCGAUCUCUCGUGCCCAGACGUGCCUGCAGGUUUCGACCCCGAUGCGGUGCCUACCCAGGAGCUCCUGGACGACACCUGGGAGGCUUUCUGCCACGCCGCCGAGGAGGAGCUGAUCCAGAAGGUGGGUUUGGACCCCAGCAGUCGGCAAGCCGAUCAAUGCCGAGGGCGCGGGGGACCACCGCGCUUCAGGAAGUGCCCGUUGCUCCCGACCCACACCGAGGCCAUCGCUUCGUGCGGGGAGGCCAAGCGUUGGAGGUGGUUUGCCAACGAGUUGGCUUGGCUGGGCAUCAUUGAAGUAAAGCUUUUCAGCUACACGGGCGCUUCCGACCUGGCCCUCACCACGUUGCACCAGCAGCGGCACGCCUCCAUCCGCAAGUUGCGUGACCGCUUCAGGCACCACAUGCUGUUAGAAGGCGUGGCUGAGCUGCAGGAGUUCUUCGAGGUUUUCACGUCUCGGGACCGCGGUUAUGAAGACUUGCAGGAGCUCUCGGCUUGGCGCCUCAGCUGCAGUCAGUAUGCCUCGUACUUGGAGUGGCAGAUCGGCAAGGAACGACGAGAUUCCUUCAAGCAGCGGUUGGAGGACGACUUCCCAGGCUCGCAGGGGCUCCUCCACAGGGUCACCAAGUGGCGCCAGGCUUGGCAGGGUCCCAAGGGCAGCAUCUCCAAGAAGCUGCUCCCAGCGGCGCCUCAGGCCGCCGUGGACCAGGAGUUGCACGACUGGUCGAAGGUCUGGGCCAAGACGGGGAUUGGCGUGGACGGAUGGCAACCCAAGCUUUGGGCCUACCUCACGGACGGCACGCUCUCGGUGCUCGCGUCAUUGCUGGCCUGGAGCUACGACUACACGGCGGCGGGCCAAUCAUCGGAGCGUGCGCUGUGGAAAGCUUUGUUGGACGACGAGCUCGUGUUGGGCACAGGCAUACGCGCGGCCACGAUGCUGGCGGACCUCGCCAAGUGUUAUGAGAAGGUUCCGCAUGAGCGUAUGUGGUGGCUAGCAGCUUGGUGGGACGGCCCGCUGGAGGUGGUCGCGCUCGCCCUGGCAAGUUUCGCCUUUGGCCGUGCCAUUCGUCUCGGGGAGGCCUGCUCGGCGGAGGUCCUGUCCUCCACAGCGCUCCCAGCGGGCAGCCGUUUCGCGCCCACCUUCCUGAGGUUCUACCUCACGCUGUGCUUCGACGACCUGCUGAGGGUUUUCCGCCUCACGAUCUAUUUGUACGUUGAUGACAUCGCCCUGCGGGUCAUGUCCACCGAGGCGCGCGUCUUGCACAUGCUGCCGCAGGCCACGCGCUUGCUGUCUUGGAUGCUGGAGUCCUUGGGCCUGGAGGUAGCCCGAGCGCGGGACGGGGCGAGAGGCAAGUGCUCUUUCCUGCAAACGGCCACUCCGUCUUCAGGCUUGACGCAGGCCAUGGCCGUCCUGGGAGUACCGCCCAGCACCUCCGAGCGGUGGCUCGGCAUCGACUACGGUCCCAGCGUCAAGACAGAGAACCAGUCAGCCCCAGUCAGACACGCGCGGCUCAAGAUAGCCAAGCAGCGUUGGCCUAAGAUCCGCGGCCUUCCUCGUGCACGCGGGGGCAAGCUCAAGAUGGUCGUGCGGCAGGGCCUCGGGGCCUCGGUCGCCUACGGCGCCCGUGUCCGCGGCACGCCCAGGCCCAUCGUGCGUUUCAUCCAGCAGAAGGAUCGGGCCGUCCGCAGGGGCGCCACAGCUUUUACCUCCCGAGUCUUGCACGACGGCCUCGACCCCAGUUGCGCCGACACCCUCGUUCUGGCACCGCUGCUGGCUUGGGCGAGGGAAGCUUGGGACCACCCAGAGGGGCGGCGUGCGCAGGCCGCAGCAUGGGCCCGAGUGCAGCAACAGCUCGCGCUGUACAUGGGCGCCGACGCUCAGGAGUUGUGGUCAGUGGUGCGCGGCCCAGCGGGGGCCACCUCAGUCACAGUUCGAGCCCAUGGUUGGAGCAUGCCGUCAGCCUUCGAGAUUGUCUUGCCUCCACGUGGCGGGGUGCUCCAAGGAGGGGACGCCCAUCUUGAUCUACUGCAGAUUUGCCCCAAGUCGGUCGAGGCCGCCGUGCUUUUGGCCGCCCGUUCCAGAGCCCUGUGCCAGUGGGCGGCGGCUCAGCCCGAGCGGGCUGCGCUCCUGCCAGCGCCGUGGCUCACCCCGGCGUGGCAGUUGGUCAAGCGGCGCAAGCAGGACGGGUGGCUGCAACACCAUGCCGACGCGGUCAAGAAGGCGGUGUUGGGCGGUUUCCCUUCGCAGGAGGCCCUUUUCUCUUCGGGCCAGGCGGACACUCCGUAUUGCCAGCUUUGCGACGACACGACCUGUUUCGGCACCCACCAGCACUAUUAUUGGCGGUGCGGCAGCCCGACGUGUGCCACGGUGAGGGAGCAGCUGACGGCCCACGACGCGUCACCUACCUUCAGAGACGUCGGCCACCUGGGCGUGUCGGCCUCCUCGUCGGAAGCCUCAAGAUGGUUGUGGGAGCGGGGUUUGCGGCGAACCCCAUGUUACGGCUUGGCUUGGAGUCUGCCGUCGCAGCGCACCCAUUGGAUCGUCAAUGGCGCGGCCCCCGAGCUCACCGAUGUGCUGGUUUCGGACGGAUCAGUCAAAGGCUUGGAUGACCUCAGGCACGGCGGCUGGGCGGCUUUGCAGUGCACAGCGGAGGCCGACGACGUGGUGCAGGGCCUGUACGGCCCACUGCCCUUUCCCGACCCCAGCUCGGUCCUGGCAGAGUUGUGGGGUCUCCUCCACGCCCUCAGGCAUUCGGUCUUCAUCACGGCCAUCAUCAUUGACAAUGCUCAGGUGGUCCAAGGCUUGGCUCGUGGCAGGGCAUGGUGUUGUUCAGCGGCCAGGCCCUAUGCGCACGUCUGGCUCGAGAUCUGGGAUCGCCUGGAUGACAUGGGCAUCCUUCCUGGCAGAGAGUUGUCGGUCAUCAAAGUCGCCUCGCACAUAUCGCAGGCCAAACGCCUAGAGCUGCCAGAGGAGGUCCAGACUCACAUGAGGCACAAUGACUUAGCCGACGAAUGGGCCAAGCAAGGAGCAGACCUCAGCGCGCCGCCAGAGUGGGCCACGUUGCAGGUCAAGCAGGAGCUCAAGGCCACCAAGCGCGUGCUCGAGUACAUCGGGCACUUCAGGGUCCUCCUCGACGGGGUCAAGUUGGCGGAGCCUAGGCACCCGCACGUUCUGGAAGUGUGCCGCGGUUAUUCCAAGUGCACCAACUGCGGCAAGGCGCCGCCGCUCGGCCUGUGCGACAGCGAGCAGACCAUGGAGAUCAGG